GCUCUUAUUGCCGGACCAAGUUUUGUGCUCGAUGUGGAGGUCGUGUCUCUCUACGAUCAAACAAUGAGGAUAAAGUGGUUAUGUGGGUAUGCAAUUUAUGUCGAAAGCAACAGGAAAUCCUAACCAAAUCUGGAGCAUGGUUUUUUGGAAGUGGACCACAGCCGUCUCCCAGCCAGGACGGAGCACUGAGUGAUACUGCAACUGGGGGAGGCUCUGACGCACCUAGAGAAAAGAAAGCAAGGCUUCAGGAACGAUCAAGAUCACAGACUCCCUUGAGUACAGCAACUGCCUCAUCACAGGAGAUCACUGCUUCCAGUGUGCAGUCCGAUAGGAGGAAAGGAGCAGAAGCACCACAGCCAGCUAUGGGCCUGGACCAAAAGCAAGCUUCAUCGAGGUCUAGAAGCGAACCCCCACGAGAGAGGAAGAAGACAUUAUUGGUUUCAGAACAGAAUGGCAAAGGCUUAAAGAGUGAGCGCAAACGUGUGCCAAAAUCCUCACUGCAAAAAGAAGGACCAGCCGAUGACAGGGAACGUAAAGAACGGCAUGAAAGUAGAAGACUGGAGAAAGGGAAGUCACAAGAGUUGCCAGCAAAAACUGAGGAAGGCAAAGUACCUGAUGAUGAAAAACAAAGGGAGGAAGAUGAAUAUCAUACUCGAUACAGGAGUGACCCCAAUCUGGCGAGAUAUCCCGUGAAACCGCAUCCUGAGGAACAGCAGAUGCGCAUGCAUGCUAAAGUUUCUAAAGCACGGCAUGAAAGAAGACACAGUGAUGUGGCUUUGGCACAUACAGAAAUGGAAGAAGCGGAGGUACCUGAGAAUAAAUUAGGAAAACACUCACAGUUACAGGGAACUCAGGACAGAAAAUCUCUUGUGGAAACUCAGAGGUCGUACUCUAUAGACAGAACAGGUGAUGUAAGAAUUUCUGUUUCUAAACAAUUAACUAAUCAUAGUCCACCAACUCCCAGGCAUAGUCCAGUUCCUGUAGAACAUGUAGAAUACAAGAACCACGAUUCCUUUAAAAAACAGAGCCGCCUUGAUCCUAGCUCUGCUAUUCUCAUGCGAAAAGCAAAGCGGGAGAAAAUGGAGACCAUGCUAAGGAAUGAUUCCCUUAGUUCUGACCAGUCGGAAUCAGUGCGGCCAUCCCCUCCAAAGCCUCAUAGAGCAAAGAGAGGCGGAAAGAAAAGGCAGAUGUCAGUUAGUAGCUCAGAGGAAGAAGGGGCAUCAACACCAGAAUAUACUAGCUGUGAAGAUGUGGAGAUAGAAAGUGAAAGUGUCAGUGAAAAAGGUGACUUGGAUUAUUACUGGCUGGAUCCUGCCACAUGGCACAGUAGGGAGACAUCCCCAAUUAGUUCGCAUCCAGUAACGUGGCAGCCUUCUAAAGAGGGAGAUCGCUUAAUUGGACGUGUUAUUCUUAACAAGAGAACAACCAUGCCAAAAGAAUCAGGUGCAUUACUGGGGCUAAAAGUUGUUGGAGGAAAAAUGACAGAAUUGGGACGACUCGGUGCCUUCAUUACCAAAGUGAAGAAAGGUAGCUUGGCUGAUGUGGUGGGGCAUCUCAGGGCGGGGGAUGAAGUUCUAGAAUGGAAUGGUAAACCCCUGCCUGGAGCUACAAAUGAAGAAGUUUACAACAUAAUUUUAGAAUCCAAAUCAGAACCUCAAGUUGAAAUUAUUGUUUCAAGGCCUAUUGGUGAUAUUCCACGGAUUCCUGAAAGUUCUCAUCCCCCACUAGAGUCUAGUUCAAGUUCUUUUGAAUCUCAGAAGAUGGAAAGGCCUUCUAUUUCUGUAAUAUCUCCAACCAGCCCUGGAGCUCUAAGGGAUGCACCACAAGUUUUACCAGGGCAGCUUUCUGUGAAACUGUGGUAUGACAAAGUGGGACAUCAAUUAAUAGUAAAUGUUCUGCAAGCAACAGAUUUGCCACCAAGAGUGGAUGGACGCCCCAGGAAUCCCUAUGUAAAAAUGUAUUUUCUUCCAGACAGAAGUGAUAAGAGUAAAAGGAGGACCAAAACAGUAAAGAAAAGUCUAGAACCAAAAUGGAACCAAACUUUUCUCUACUCACACGUACAUCGUAGAGAUUUUAGAGAACGAAUGCUUGAAAUAACUGUAUGGGAUCAGCCAAGAGUACAAGAAGAAGAAAGUGAAUUUCUUGGAGAGAUUCUUAUAGAGCUAGAAACAGCACUUUUAGAUGAUGAACCACAUUGGUAUAAACUACAGACACAUGAUGAAUCUUCACUACCUCUGCCUCAUCCAUCACCCUUCAUGCCAAGAAGACAUGUCCAUGGCGGAGAAAGUUCUAGCAAAAAAUUACAAAGAUCUCGGCCAAUCAGUGAUAGUGACAUCUCAGAUUAUGAUGUUGAUGAUGGUAUUGGAGUUGUUCCUCCAGGCUAUAGAUCUAGCUCUAGAGAAAGUAAAUCUACAACGCUAACUGUGCCAGAACAGCAAAGAACAACACAUCAUCGUUCGCGAUCUGUAUCUCCUCACCGUGGCGACGAUCAGGGCAGGACCCGUUCACGUUUACCAAAUGUGCCAUUACAGAGGAGUUUAGAUGAAAUUCAUCAAAUGAGAAGAUCACGCUCUCCAACUAGACACCAUGAUGCCUCCAGAAGUCCAGUUGAUUACAGAUCCAGAGACAUGGAUAGUCAGUAUUUGUCAGAUCAAGAAAGUGAGCUUCUUAUGCUGCCCAGAGCAAAACGAGGAAGAAGUGCAGAGUGCCUACAUACCAUCAGAAAUUCUGUUAGGCAUUAUAAAACAUUACCACCCAAGAUGCCUUUACUAGAAAAUGGCACUCAUUGGAACAUAUACAGCUCAACUCUUCCUGCAUGUGCUAAGACCAAAUCAGUGAUUAGACAGGAUAUUUCACUUCUUCGUGAUUGCCUUAAUUCACGAAUAUCAAAAUUUGGAGAUGAACUACUGGUUAGUGAACUACAGCCCUCCCUUGACAGGGCUAGGAGUGCUAGUACCAACUGCUUGAGACCAGAUACUAGUUUGCAUUCACCAGAACGAGAAAGGGGUAGAUGGUCCCCCUCCCUAGAGAGGAGACGACCUACUAGUCCCAGGAUUCAUAUCCAGCAUGCAUCUCCGGAGGAUGACAGGCAGUCCAGAAAAGUGGAAAGAUAUAGCAGCCAAAAACAAACUAGAAAAGGCUCCGCAGCUGAAACAGAAAGGGGUCUGCUACCAUGUCUCUCUAGAAGGGGACUUCCAGCCCCACGAACGACUGAACAGCCAGUCAUUAGGGGAAGGCAUCACGCUCGCUCGAGGUCGAGUGAGCACUCUAGUAUCAGACCUUUAUGCUCUGUACAUCACCUAGCUCCUGGAGGGUCAGCGCCACCUUCUCCACUUCUGACAAGAAUACAUCAACAAGGAAGUCCCACACAGUCUCCUCCUGCAGACACGUCCUUCAGCAGUCGCAGGGGAAGACAGCUACCGCAAGUUCCAGUGAGAAGUGGCAGUAUAGAGCAAGAACAAGAGAAUUUUAACUCUUCCACAAAAGCAAGCUUAGUAGUGGAGGAGCGCACGAGACAGAUGAAAAUGAAAGUGCACCGGUAUAAUCAGACGUCAGGGUCUGGUUCUAGUCAAGAACAUGAGCGUGAGCAAUAUACCAAGUAUAAUAUACAAACAGAUCAGUACAGAAGUUGUGAUAACGUCUCUGCCAAAUCAUCAGAUAGUGAUGUCAGUGAUGUGUCAGCCAUUUCCCGAACCAGCAGUGCCUCACGCCUCAGCAGCACAAGUUUUAUGUCAGAGCAAUCUGAACGCCCUCGGGGCAGGAUCAGUACAUUUACUCCUAAAAUGCAAGGCAGACGGAUGGGGACGUCAGGGAGAAUCACUAAGAGCACAAGUGUGAGCGGCGAGAUGUACAAGCUGGAGCACAACGACGGGAGUCAGUCGGACACGGCUGUGGGUACAGUUGGAACAGGUGGGAAGAAAAGACGUUCCAGCCUUAGUGCCAAAGUGGUUGCCAUAGUGUCCCGCAGGAGCAGAAGCACAUCUCAGCUUAGCCAAACAGAGGCUGGCAACAAGAAACUAAAGAGCACGAUACAGAGAAGCACAGAGACAGGAAUGGCAGCAGAAAUGAGAAGUCGAAUGGUUCGACAGCCAAGUCGGGAAUCCACUGAUGGCAGCAUAAAUAGUUAUAGCUCUGAGGGCAACUUAAUAUUCCCUGGAGUACGGCUGGGUGCUGACAGUCAAUUUAGUGAUUUCCUCGAUGGACUUGGACCUGCACAGUUAGUAGGCCGACAAACACUAGCAACCCCUGCCAUGGGUGAUAUUCAGAUUGGGAUGGUGGAUAAAAAGGGCCAAUUAGAAGUAGAAGUCAUAAGAGCCCGGGGCCUCACACAAAAGCCUGGCUCCAAGUCAACCCCAGCUCCAUAUGUCAAAGUGUAUUUAUUGGAAAAUGGAGCAUGCAUAGCUAAGAAGAAGACAAGAAUUGCACGGAAGACCCUUGAUCCUUUGUACCAACAGACACUGGUUUUUGAUGAAAGUCCACAGGGGAAAGUCCUUCAGGUAAUAGUUUGGGGAGAUUAUGGCCGAAUGGAUCACAAAUGCUUCAUGGGAGUUGCCCAGAUCCUUCUGGAGGACCUUGAUCUGUCCAGCGUGGUAAUAGGCUGGUAUAAAUUAUUUCCACCUUCAUCGCUAGUGGAUCCAACCUUGACUCCCCUGACACGCAGGGCUUCCCAGUCAUCUCUGGAGAGUUCAACUGGGCCUCCCUGCAUUAGAUCAUAAUAGCAGGUGCUGUCUCAUAAAAACAUCACCCAGGAUAGCAAGUGGAACCAGAUAUUCACAUGAUCAAAAAUACUGUUGGAAAGAGACAAUCACUUCUGUUUUUGCUUGUAGUAAUCAUCCAAAAAUAUGUCCGAGUUGUUUGUUAAAAGAUGGCUAAGAUAGAAAAAAAAAAGGUGUAUCACAUACAUACAGUCAAUCUAUUAGGAACUGUCACUGAUGCUUAUAAUGAUCCAAAAUAGAGAGGGACCUUUAGAGUCAAAUCAAGUCAAAAAUUAGUCAAACUGGAAGCUUUCACUCUGUUAACAAUGUUGUAUUUUUCACAUUUUGACAGAGCCCUCAAGCAGUGUUAUCUUCCUGGUGUUUCAGCAGUUUUCUGUACUUGUUACUUCCACUAGUUCUCUCUCUUUUUUUUUUUUCCACAUGAUUCUGUUAGUUUUGUAGAAGGCCUCACAUUGUUAACAGAGACCCUUCCUUUCUUUUUCUAAACCAAACAAA